AUGAGAAGAGGGAUGGGGUCAUCAGUCAAGGGAUCGGGGCAAGUGGCCGAGGCAAGAACUUGUUUGGAACUUCUCUACUUCGUGCCUUCAAUGACGCACAUUCGUUUCCCGAUCGCAUUGAUGGGAAACGAAUGCCCUGAAGUCAACAACGUCGUCAACGCCAUCAAGUCAACGGCGUCAACGUCCUCACUCAACGGCGUCAACGUCCUCAGUCAACAGCGUCAACGUCCUCACUCAACGGCGUCAAUUGUCCUCAACGCUUUCAAGUCAAUGCGUCGUCAACGUCCUCAACGCAGUCGACGUCGUCAAUGCAACGUCAUCAACACCAUCAAUGCAACGUCGUCAACGCCGUCAAUGCAACAUCGUCGACGUCGUCAAUGCAACGUUGUCAACCAACAGUCAACGUCGUCGAUGUCACCAUCUACCUCGUCUCUCACCACGGGCUUGGCAAGCCUUACCCCUGGGAGGUCUAAUGCGAUGCACACACAAACGCGCCCAGCAGCGAGCAGUUUCUGCCACAUUUUGUCCAACUACUCAAUGACGAACAAGGCAAAAGUAACGCGUACAAAGGUUGAGUGUCAGAUUGGCACUUUCAUGCAGGAUACUCAGCACGCAAAGUGGAACGCAUACGCUGGUUCUGCGGAUGAAAAUACGUCGUCUCAACGCUGGAAAUGA